AUGGCGCCUGUGGCCCCAGUGAUGGAGUGGUGGGCAUCUCGGCCGCGGCGCGCUGGCGGGCGGCAGGCCGCGCCGCCUUCUAGGGAUGGCAGCCUGGCGCACGGCAUGUGGCGGCCGCGCGGCGGCGGCGGCGGCGGCAGCGGCGGAGGGCGGACGGCCGCGGCCGUCGCGGUGGGGGGAGACGGGCGCGCGAACGCGGGGCUGGCAGCGGCGGCGGGGGCGGCUCAGGGGCCGCCUGACAACAAUUACUUUAGCCUCGGGCGCAGGAUCUACUGCAUCGAGGCCCCCCCUGGCCGCCCUGCCCUGGAUGUCGACGUGGUCGACCUGACAUGCCUGGCCACCAACGUGCCGGCCCACCGCCACAGCGUCCACGCACUCAACAGGGACGUGCUCUGGGACCUGCACAGCAUCAUCGCGGACGGGCGGCGCGCCGGGCAGCGCACGCGGCGGCUGGAGCGCAUCGCGGGGAACGUGUACUCCUUCAAGACCUCCCCUGCGCACGUGCACGUUGACCUGCUUUGA